GAUCUGCUGACGGUUCCCGCGCAGAGCGGAGCAGCUCCGAACUGCAGUGCGCUGCGCGCGCAGUCCUGCGCUGACUCACGCGUCACCACGGCAACCGGCGCGAGGAACUGAGUCCCGUCAGCAUCCGUGAGACCCGAUUCCGUCCGCAGACAGCCGGAGACCCCGCAGGACCACGAUAUCAUCAAACUCAGUUUCAGCCCCCCCCCCAGGCCUUUCCAGACAUUCAGCGAUGGUGAAGCUGGGCUCCAAUCUGUCUGAUAAACUGGAGAAGCAACAAUCAGCAGAGGACGGCUUUGAUAACGUUCCCCUGAUCACCCCGCUGGAGGUCAGCCAGCUACAGCAGAAGUUUGCAGAAAAGGUCAUGGUCAGAACCUCAGCCCAGUUUCAGCUGCAACAGAAGAGAAAGACCAGGCGGAAGAAGCUGAACAUCAAUUUCUACCGCAGUGUCUCGGAUAAAGCCAAGAUCACAGGUCUGAUCCUCAUCUCUUUGGCCUUCAUGACCGGCCUCCUUCUUCUGCUAAUGUACAAAGCCAUGUGGUACGAUCAGCUGACCUGCCCAGAGGGUUUUGUCCUGAAGAACCACUGCAGCCCAAAAGUCCUGGAGAUGUUCUACACAGAGCAGCAGGAGCCCAGCACCCCCAGCAGGACCAGCGCCGGGCUGAUCGCCGCUCUCAGCCACAUCGACCAGCUGAAGAGGACCGGCCCGGAGCCGCCGGCCUACGGCGUGCUGAAGGAGUCCAGCAGCGAGCCCCCACAGAGGGUCCUGAGGGGGGAGGCCUGAGGGGGCCGGUUCUAUUCCCUAAGUCCAUCCAUCCAGUGUUUUCAUCUCAUGUCUGGACUGCGAUCCACCAAUCACCUUCAAGUGUGAACGUGAGCGCCGUCCCUGCUGUCUGCAGUGGGCAGACAGGUCAAAGGUCACGGUUUCUGUUUUAGCACAGAAUGUGUGAAAUGCUUAAUGCAUCAAACUUAUUUUCAUUUCUCUGCAGUGAACAGAGUUUGUGUUUAAAAAAAGCUUAAACUGUUGAUCUUUAAAAAUGUCCAUUUUUUUCUUAAUUCUGCUGCAUUUAUCUUCAUGAUGAUGAUGAUGAUGAUUUAGAAACAUCUGUGUGAGAAUAAUAAAAUAAUCAGCCACAGAGCAUUUUUAACGGUC